AUGGCAUCUCUUGCUCAGCUCGCAUCACAAUGGAACAUUUCGCCGGAGUUGCUCGAAGAGCUCUCCAAGUAUGCCACGCCGACCGGUUUGGCUGAUUACUCGGCUCUGGCCAUCAUCGCCGGAGUAUCGGGUGCCUACCUAUCCCGGGGAUACCUCUGGGACCAACCUGAUCCAUACGCAUACCUGGCGUAUGAGCGACCACAAUUGAAGAAUGGCGGACAGGCUGGUGCAAACGCUAGCAAAGAAACCAGGAAUAUUGCACAGAAGCUCGAGGAGACGGGCAAGAACAUCGUCGUCUUCUGGGGAUCCCAGUCUGGUACUGCAGAGGGAUUCGCCCAUCGUUUGGCGAGAGAGAUCUCCAUACGAUGGGGACAAGAUAGCAUGACUGCAGACCUCUCCGACUAUGACCCGAUCUCCAUCACUGAGAUCCCGCAAUCCAAGCUCGCCUUGUUCAUUGUCUCGACCUACGGCGAGGGAGACCCCAGCGACAACACUGCCGAGUUCUGGAGCUGGAUUAACAAGGCUGGCGAUAUUUCUUUGUCCAAUUUGCACUACGCUGCAUUUGGUCUCGGAAACACCAAUUACAAAUUUUACAACCGGGUUGUCGAUGUGGUGGUAGAAGGGCUGGACAAAUUCGGAGCCAAGGCACUCAUGCCGGUGGGCAAGGCAAAUGAUGCCGAGGGUGCCACCGAAGAAAACUUCAUGACGUGGAAAGAUGAUCUUUUCACAGUAUUCAAGGAACAGUUGGGUUUUCAGGAAGUCGAGGCCAAGUAUGUGCCGAGCUUGUUAGUGCAGGAGGACGAGUCGCUUGAGCCGAUCGAUUUGCAUCACGGCGAGCCUCACGGUAGUUCCGAGGGCUCCAAGGGCAAUCAAUCCUCCGCCGUUCGGACACUCAGCAUCUCUAAAUCACGAGAGUUGUUUACUUCCUCCGACAGACACUGUCUGCACAUGGACCUGGACUUGACCAGUCAACCAGACCUCACCUACAAGACUGGUGACCACCUCGCCAUUUGGCCUGGAAACCCAGACGCUGAAGUCGAGCUACUACUCCACGUAGUUGGAUUGUCAUCGCGAAGCGACAUCCCUCUUCACAUCAAGGCCGUCGAUUCAGCCACCAAGGUCACCAUUCCAUCGCCGACUAGCACGAAUGCCCUUUUCCGAUACUACCUCGAGAUCUGCGCGCCUGUCAACCGUGACAACGUCCGAGACCUCGCCCAAUUUGCUCCAACCCCCGAGGCAAAGAGCUAUCUUCUCCAGCUUGGACAAGACAAGGACUACUAUGCCAACGUCAUCAACCGCACCCAUCUCAACCUCGGCCGUCUCCUCCAGCUAGCAUGCCCAGGUCAGGCCUGGUCUAAUAUCCCUCUCUCAUACCUUGUCGAAACUCUACCUCACAUUCGUCCUCGCUACUACUCCAUCUCAUCAAGCAGUGUGGUCUCCCCACGCAAGCCUUCCAUCACUGCCAUCGCCACCACGACCCCUCUCCCAGACAACUCCGACGAACUCAUCCACGGCGUCACGUCCAACUACCUCCUCGCCAUCUCUCAGCACGCCCAAUCCCAACCGCACCCGCACGGAAUCAGAUACCACCUCAAUGGACCUAGCGACGCCUUGCAAGGCGGAAAGGUCUUCGCACAUAUCCGCCGAAGCAAGUUCAAGCUGCCCAUCACCGGCAAGACACCUCUCAUCAUGGUGGCGGCCGGCACAGGUCUGGCGCCCUUCCGGGCAUUCCUAUCCGAGCGAUGCCAAGUCCAGAAGAUCGGGAAGGAAGUCGGGCAAAUGAUUCUAUUCUUCGGAUGCCGCAAUCCGGCAGAGGAUUUCAUUUAUCGUGAGGAGCUGGAAGAGAUGCAGAAUACCCUGGGCGACAAGCUUCGCAUCGUGACUGCAUUUUCAAGGAAAGAGGACACCCCGCGACAAUAUGUGCAGGACCGAGUCUCUGAGUUUGGCGAUGAUGUUGUCAAGCUUAUUGAUGAGGGUGGUAGUUUCUAUGUCUGCGGUCGGGCAGGUAUGGCUCGCGAGGUCGAGAAGGCUGUAGGGGCUACCAUGGCCAAGGUGAAGGGUUGGUCUGAGGAUGAGGUGAACAACUGGAGCAAGGCUGUCAAGAAGAAGAACAAAUGGCAGGAGGAUGUUUGGGGUUGA